CGUUUGUGUUGACUUGGGGGGAUGUGCUCCAUGGAAAUAUUUCGCUAUAAAAACUGUUCGUUUGAAAUUCUCAACUCAUUCCCAACGCAAGGUCUGAAAAGAACUGGCAUAUUUGAAACAAAAAUGAAAUUCAUCACUUCAGUACUUUUGGCAUUGGCAGUAUUUGGUGUGGUAAUUGCUAACGAUAACGAUGAUAUAUGUUACAAGAAUACUGAGACUCCGUGCGAUUGUAAACUUAAACAUCCUUGCAAAGCUAGAUUUUCUGUGAUAAUACCAGACAUGAGAAAUCAGUAUAACGAUUGUGAGGAAAAAGGAGGUAUAAUUCAGACUGAAUGUAAGGAAGACAUGUUAGCAUGCACAACAGUUACAAUGGACACAUGCUACAUCAAACAGGACGUUAGUAUUGUUAAUCCGAUUCAAACGUAUUUUCAACACCCCCUCGUCAUAUAAAUAAUAUAUAAAAGUAUUUAGAUCUUCUGUCGCCUCUUUGAAUUGAAAGUGAUAUUAUCGAAGCCUUCUCUUAAUUAAGUUCUUAAGUUUUUGUGAAAGUAUUUUGAAUAAAGUAUUACAAACUGCAACAAAAAAAUCGUGU